GAAAAUCAAAACAUCAUAAAAACUACAUAAAUCAACAACAACAAAGACGGCGAAACAUUGACGAAAAUGCCAGCAAAUAUGAAGGAUUUUCAUCGGGAUGCAUUCGCAAUCUGCUGUUUCAUCAUGCUUAUGGCCAGUGAGUGCCAAGCUGCAUUGAACACGCAAAAGACAUCCUUCUCUUGUGCAGGACGACCAGCGGGCUACUAUGCGGAUGUGGAAACUGGCUGUCAGGUCUAUCACAUGUGCGAUGGCUUGGGCCGUCAGUUCAGCUAUACGUGCCCCAAUACGACGCUCUUUCAGCAGCGCAUGCUCAUCUGCGAUCAUUGGUACAUGGUCAACUGCUCCAAGGCUGAGAGCAACUAUGCGGCCAAUCUCUUGAUAGGUCAGCGCGAUAAGCCGUUUGUCAAUGAUGAGGAGAAUAACUUGCGAACGCCACGUCCCGAUCUGCUAGAUCGUCCCUAUGCACCCGACUAUUCUGGCGAAUCCUUUCGAAACCAAUAUAAGCUGACGCCAAGUCAGAAUCAGAUACGCGACGAUUCCGUAAAGAGCGCCGAUAAAUUUGAUUCACAGUUGACACAAAAUAGUCAAACACGCUGGCGGAUUCCCCCACCCAGUCGCACUAUCCUCCCGCCCGCCUUUGAGCCCCAAAUAGAGCUUACCAGCAGCACGCCUCAGCCACGACCCAGAGUAAGCAGCAGCAGCAGCACCACCACCACUAGCACUCGCAGACCCACCACCACGCCGCCUCCUGUGUCAUACAAGCGGACGGAAGCGCUGUAUCAACGGACUGGGGACAUGGAAGUGGAUGACCUGGGCACGAGCCACAGCACGCGCUACAACACGUCGGCGGACUUUAACUCUGCCGAGCAGGCAACGACGAAGAACUCCACCAAGAUGGUGAAGUUCAUCAAGCCUCCAUCGAAGAUCUAUGAGCCACCGUUCGUAUAUCCCAUUUACAAUCAGGACGUUCAGGAGGUGCAGCCGGUCACGGAGACAUUGCGCACAUCGUCAGCGAUGCCCUUCAGCACAGCCGCGACGCAGAACCGCUUCUCGGCGGCAGCGGCCAGACCCAGCACCACUACCAGGCCACUCAGUCGCCCCACCACGUACGCCGGACAGCCCUUCUCUCAGAGUUCGGCAGCCACCACGGCCAGCACAACAACCAAUUAUCGUCCAGCUGUGGCUCAGACAGAGCAUCGAACACCCACGCCGGCGCAAGCAUUCCGCCAGACCACGCCCACCUCAACCGUGGCGCCCAGAACUGGAGGCAAGGGCGAGCUGCCCUUCAAUGAUCUGUUGCCACCAUUUGUGGACUUUGUGCCACACGACAUAGCCACGACCCAGGGACCGCCCAUUUACUACGAGUGGAAGGUGCCCGCCAAUGGGCUGGUGCCGCCCAAACUGGACCCGCCCAUAGGCGUGGAUGGACGCGAGUAUCCGGAGACAAAAGCCGACUACAAUGUUAAGGUCAAGCUGGAGAGCUUUAACUCCAAGUUCAAUGACUUUGCCAGCAACAAUGCUGUGGCGGCUGCCAGUGGAGCUGCACCUAAGCGAUUGCCCAGCUCGCGCUCCAUCAAGCCCAACGAGCUGCCCGUGGUGUCCACGGAGAAGGCCCAACGACGCGCGGAUGUGGUCAGCACUGGCUCCGGCUCCGGCUCCAGCUCCCAUUUAACAUCGGACAUAACGCAGCUGCGCAAACAGUUGCUCAUACCGGAAUAUGCCUUCCCGCUGGAGACCAUCGGACGGACGGGCUAUGCACCCGGCUCGAGUGUGGCCGGGGAUCUUUACAACUCGUUCCAGCUUAAGAUACCGGAGCGAAGAGCCGGUAGCGGUAGCUCAUUCAGCAGCAGUUCCACUCAAGGCAGAUGGUUCGGCGAGAAUCCAAAGUGCCCCGAGUGCCAUCCAUCCUUUGUGGUGCCAGGCACCUGCGAGCCCUGUUUGCGUAGAUAGUUAACUCCACUUACACUUAAGUUCCACAUACCACAUGCCGCGCCUACGCACCGUCCUAGUAUUAGCUGACAUAUAUUCAUAGCCGUCCCAGAAAAUCCGCCUUCGCAUCGAUUCAUGCAUUUAAAUGUUAACUUUAUUGUAUACACUCACAGUAAAAAUAAUGCGCAUUAAAUAAGUGAGUAGAACUACGUAUAUUCAAGCAUGAACCUCGGUUCACAAUUGCUACGUUCCAGGUGGUAAGUAUGUGUAGUGCUUUCUAAUUAACGCUCACUACAGCAAUGCAACAGUUAUGCUUGCCUAAAACGGCAGACUAACUAAAUAUAUAGGUAACUUCGUAAAUUCCAUAGAGAUGGGCGCCGAGAAGCUUAAUAGAUAAUUUCGUGAAUGAGUAUUUUGCG